AUGCCAGGCGGGAAGGAAGGCCUGAAAGAGAAUUUUGAAAACCAGGAAAGGCGGCAGGCAAGAAGGGAGGAAAAUAAAGGGCUUCCGGAGCAGCAGGACGCUGGGCGGCCCGGCUCCGCGUCAGCCGCCCCAGCCGGUCCUGCCCCAGCCCGUGGGGACAGGUCCCGGGAUAGGGGGUGGAGACCCGCUUCGGGGAUGGAGGGGGAUGCAGGAGGGCAGGCCGCGGGCACUGCCUCCCAGGGACGCUGUGAUAAAGAAUGCCACCCCCCCUCCCUGCACAGCUACCUUUCAAGCUCCACUGCUGAUGAACUCCUGAGCGCUUACUGUGUGCCGGGCAUCGUGCUAAGGGUCGGGCAUGCAAAAGCGGGCCAGGUCAGGCAGGUGCCCUCAGGGGACUUCCUGUAA